UAUGAUAUCUUGAGUUGACUGGGGAGUUGGGAGGUUUGAGGUGAGGACUGAGGAGUGUGUGGAGUUUGUGGGUAGAUGCUGGUGAUGUUUUGGCAGUUUCGUGGCGGGUCUGCAACAUUUUAGGUUCACAGCCGCCAGUGGAUAUCAAUAUUCGGCAUUUAGAGGCUCAGGCAGACAAAGGGGCAUUUUCCCCUUUCCAAUUCUGAUCGGCGUUUCGGUAUCGUCAUUGUCGGAAGUGAAAGGGCAACCGACACAGGACAAGGACGAGUCAGAGCAAUCAGAGAGUAGCCGGCCGAGGAGCGGGAGUCGGAGGCGGGCACGGAGCCGCGACCAUGGCGGCCGUGGGGCGGGCGCCGCUGCGCCUGCUGGCCAUCGGCGCUGCCCUGCUGCUGGUGGUGCCGCUGGUGAUCUGUGGCGACGACCCGUCGCUGGACGUCGCCGACAGGGGCUCAGGCGACUCGGAGGAGGAGAGGCUCGUCUAUGACGCCAUCCGCUCGCUGCAUGUCCAGCUGGACGAUGACGCUGACGGACAGAUCGACAAGAGCGAGUCGGACGAGUUUCUGCGCGAGGAGCUCAACUACGUGCAGGGCUACGGGAGCCGGCAGGACCUGUUCCACCGCUCUGACCAGAGCCAGGACACGGCCGUGUCGGUGCGCGAGCUGUGGGAGCACUGGCGCCGCUCGGCCGUGCACAACUGGACCACCGAGCAGACCGUGGAGUGGCUGGUGCGGCACGUCCACCUGCCGCAGUACCGCGACACAUUCGAGCUGCACCACAUCGCCGGGCCGGCGCUGCCCAGGCUGGCGGUCAACAACAACCACUACCUGUCGGGCGUGCUGGGCAUCAAGGACCCGCGCCACAAGCAGAAGAUCAUGCUCAAGGCCAUGGACGCCGUGCUCUUCGGGCCUCCGAAAGACUCGAGUAACCUGGUGAAGGACGCCCUGCUGCUGACACUGCUGCUGGUCGUCUGCGUGGGCUGCUGGCUGGUCUACCGGCAGAACCAGAAGUUCAAGCGGCGCAUGCUGAAAAUGACGGCCGACAUGGAGAGUCUGACCAAGGCCGAGCAGACGCUGCUCGGACUGCAGGUGGAGCUGGACAGGGCCAACAAGGAGAAGGAGGUGGUCUCGUCCCACAACCGGCACCUGGAGCAGCGGCUGACGGGCGGCGACAGCGACGCCGUCGGCGCCACAGAGCUCGAGCGGCUCCGGUCACAGGUCGAGGUUCUGACGGAGGCGCUGCGCUCCACGGAGGCCGAGCUCGAGGACCGCUGCUGGAACUGUCCGCCGGCACUGCAGCACUGGCUCCAGCUCACCUACGAGCUCGAGCUGCGCGCCCACCAGAGGAAGCGCGCUGAGGCUGAGCGACAGCUCGAGGACGCCAAACUCAUGUGUGACAAGCUGCGUAAGAAGCAGAACAGCCUGUACGGCGCGCUGGUCUCCACGCACGGCCGAACCGUCAACGACGUGGACACGUCGAUCGUACACGCGCGCCGUGCGCUGCUGGAGGUGACGGAGGAGCUGCAGGAGCGCACCUACCGCUGGCGCCAGAUCGAGCUCAUCUGCGGCUUCCAGGUGGUGCAGAACCCGGGCCUGCCGUACCUGGAGUCGCUGACACGCACCCUGCAGCGCAACAUCAGCAGCAUGCCGCGAACAGCCUCGUCGCUGCGGAAGUCUGACGAAGAGCCGGACGCCGACAGUGUUUCUCAGUUCGGACAGAGUGCGAUCUCCGAGCUGGUCAGCCAGUCGGCGCUGCUGUUCCUCAACUCUGGCGGCGGCCCGGUGCCUCCGGCGGCCGCCGCCGCCGCGGCCGCUCCGGCGGGCCUGCCGCCGGCGCUGGCCGAGCGGCGGCGCCGGCUGCGGCGCGCCGACACCACUCCGGCCCUCCUCUGCGGCGCCUCCGCGGUCAGUGAGCGCUCCAGCUCGUCUCGGCUGCUGGAGCGCGACCCCAGCCAGACCUCAUCCAUCCACGAGGUGCCCUCGGCCGGCCGGCUGCACGAGGUCAACUCCAGCUCGCGGCUGCUCGAGCGCGACUCGAGUCAGUCGAGCUACGGCUCGGUGCGGCUGCUGGAGCGCGACUCGAGUCAGUCGAGUCACGGCUCGGCGCCGGACGGCGAGACUCGGUCGCCAGACUCGAUCGCUGCGUUCGCCGGCAGUCUGAAGCCGUCCGGCGGCUCGCUGCAGUCCCGCCUGCCGGCUGGUCAGCAGUCGCCCUCCCUGCGGCGCGGCAACAUGGUCAAGUCGCACAGCCACGACGCGGCCGUACCGACGGCAAAGGACGAGGCGAUGACGCGUCUGGUGUCGCGCUCGGAGUCGGCUCUGGACAGCUCGGCGGCGGCGGUGGCCGCCUCCCAGCUGGGCCCGCGCCUCCGCCAGGUGGCCUCCAACACGCCCUCCACCGUCGACGAGGAGGACGCCGGCACCGACUCCAGCUCCGUCGCCGACGACGCCGACCACCGCAAGACCAAGCGCAAGUUCCUCAUCUUCCGGCGGCCCAAGUCCAAGGCGCAAUGACGUCGGCCGUGACGCCCCUAGCGGUGGCGGGUUCCACUCGAACUACGCAAACUGUUGAUAGGUGGCGCUGGGUGCGGCUGGCGUGGCGUGCCGGCCGCACCGGCGUGUUAGGUAAAUAUAUCGACUUUGUGACAAUAAGCGCGACAUUUAGGUGCUGUACACCGGUGCAGUGUGUGCGGGACAGAUCUGGCGCGCCGCGUGAUGCGCCGCCCGCCGCGGCCGCGCACAGUGGAUUCCAUGGAUCCACUCGGCGAUCAAAGGUAUAGUGUUUGGGCCGGGUGUGGCGCUCGGUGCCCGACUCCGGUGGACUGGGGAACCGCCCCGUCGGUCGGGCGAGCCCUGUUGUUGGACUGCGUGAUACUCGCCACCGGCCUGGAUGACGUCGGAUGACGUCUGGACGGCGCCGGUGCCUGUGAUGACGGCCGGCGCGGCGCGGCCUGCUACUGCUCUCUGUUGUUGCUCGGGGAAGGGGACGGUCGGUGAUAAUAAACUGAGCGCCAUCAA